CUCAUCAUCACUCUCUUCUCUUCUCAAGUGUUCCAUAAACUAGUUCAUACAUUCCAGCCAUGGCUUCCGCCUUGACCCUCAAGCUUGCUUGUGUCGUGCUUCUCUCCAUGGUGGUGAGCGCACCCGUAGCUCAGGCCCUAACCUGCAAUGAGGUCAUAAGCGGGCUCACUCCAUGCAUCGGCUACCUGACAGGCAGCGGAGCUCUAUCCUCAGGCUGCUGCUCCGGCGUCCAAUCUCUGAAUUCCGCUGCCAAGACCACAGCUGACCGCCAAGCCGCAUGCAACUGCUUGAAGAACACCGCCAAAUCCAUGACUGGUAUCAACUACGGCCUUGCAGCUGGGCUCCCCGGCAAGUGUGGUGUCAACAUUCCUUAUGCCAUCAGCCCCAGCACUGACUGCUCAAAGGUCAAGUGAGAAAUUGGAGGAGAAACUACGAUAUUCAGUUGAAGGAGAAAUAAUAAAAAAAAGUCCAUGUGGAUGGGUCUCCCUUAGGAGCCAUCUUAAUUUACUUUGAUGUAGUAUUUUGUUAUGUAUGUAUUAAGGUCGCUCACGUAGAGCGACUGUUAUCUCUAGUUAUUAAUACAUGACCUUAUUCUACAUAU